UCGAAAAAAAGCCUGGGAUGAUAAAUUCUAGGACAAGCUUAAACAGAGCAACUGUUCGACAGCGAGCAUGGUCAAGUCAUAUGUCAAAUAUGAACAGUCGCAUUCUUUUGGUGUAGUGUGCACUGGAUCUUCGAAUCUUGUUUGGGCGCCACAAGAAGACGCAUCAACAUCCAAAACUGGAGCUGGUGUCGCGUAUGUCAGCGCGAAUGAGGAAGUGUUGAGUUGGGAUGUCCGGAAGGGCCAACUCUUGAGUCGGUGGAAAGAUGUUCAGUGCAACGCUGAAGUCACGGCGGUAUCUAAAUCAACAGCGGAUGAAUCUAUAUUCGCGGUUGGGCACGCAGAUGGCAGUAUCAGAAUAUGGGAUGCAAGAACGGAUACUUGCCUCAUUACUUUCAACGGCCACAAAUCAGCCGUGACAACUCUCCAAUUUGACCGUACCGGAGCCCGUCUUGCGAGUGGGUCUAAGGAUACGGAUAUCAUUCUAUGGGAUCUCCUGAGCGAAGUCGGUCUAUUCAAACUUCGCGGCCACAAAGAUCAGGUCACGGCUCUCUGUUUCCUGUACCCUCAAGCCUUGCAGGACGAGGAACGCUUACCACCACCAUCAGAGGGCAAUGUUUUACUGUCAACCAGCAAAGAUGCACUCAUCAAGGUCUGGGAACUUUCAUCGCAGCACUGCAUUGAAACCCAUGUGGCUCAAACGAACGGAGAAUGCUGGGCAAUGUCCGUCUCUCCAGAUGGUACAGGUUGCAUUACAGCUGGUAACGAUGGUGAACUCAAGGUCUGGUCGAUAAAUUCAAACGUACUUGCGACAAGUCUGAGCGAUAGAGGACUGGGGGAGAGUGAUCGAGUACUACAUGAGAUGGGCCUCUUGUAUCGACAGGGAAAAGACCGAACCACAGGUAUUCAAUUCCACCACAAAGCUGACUACAUUGCGAUCCAUGGUACAGAAAAAGCUGUCGAGAUAUGGCGCAUUCGAGGCGAAGAGGAGAUCAAGAAGUCACUCGCACGCAAGCGUAAGCGAAGACGUGAGAAAGCAACUCAAAAAGGCGAAGAAAUUGAUGAAGACAUGCUCGAGGACAACGGUCAGACUGACAUUAAAGAGGUCUUUGUCCCAUAUACGAUCGUCAGAACGGGGGGAAAGAUCCGUUCAGUAGCUUGGGCGAGGACGAAGUCCUCCAGAUCUCUACAACUCAUCGCAACAGCAACAAACAACCUAAUCGAAGCAUAUACCGUCACCACCAAAGAACGUAUCAAGAAGUCAAAAGAUGAUACAGAAGUAGAGUAUGAUCGUAUCUCUUCCGUCGAACUUCCGGGGCAUCGCGCCGAUGUUCGCGCUGUGGCACUCAGCUCCGACGACAAAAUGCUUGCCACUGCUUCCAAUGGUAGCCUCAAAAUCUGGAAUGUGCAAACACGGACAUGUAUCCGUACACUGGAAUGUGGCUAUGCAUUAUGUGUAUCAUUUGUUCCUGGUGACAAGAUCGUCGUCGUAGGAACCAAAUCUGGUGAGCUUGAGCUUUUCGACAUUGCGUCUUCAACUCUGCUUGAGAAAAUUCAGGCCCAUGACGGGUCUGUCUGGACACUUGCAGUACAUCCCGGCGGUCAAUCGCUCGUAACAGGCAGCGCCGACAAAUGUGCUAAAUUCUGGGCCUUCGAAGUCUUUCAAGAAGAAAUACCUGGCACAAAGCGGACAACGAAAAAGCUCCGUCUUAAGCAUACUCGCAUUCUUAAACUCAAUGACGAUGUCCUCAAGCUCUGCUUUUCCCCUGACGCCCGCCUUCUCGCCCUCUCCACACUCGACAACACCGUCAAAGUCUUCUUUACCGACUCCCUCAAAGUCUUCCUCAAUCUCUAUGGCCACAAGCUCCCCGUACUUGAUAUUACCAUAUCCUCCGACAACAAGCUAAUAACCACCUGCUCCGCCGAUAAAAACAUCCGCAUCUGGGGACUCGACUUUGGCGACUGCCAUAAAGCGAUAUUCGCCCACCAAGACAGCAUCAUGGCCGUACAGUUCAUCCCGCAUCCUGUGAACAGAGACGACGCCCAUAUCUUUUUCAGCGCCAGCAAAGACCGUACCCUCAAAUCCUGGGAUGGCGACAAGUUUGAGCAGAUUCAGAAGCUCGAUGCGCAUCAUGGUGAAAUCUGGUCCCUUGCCGUUUCCCGUACUGGCGACUUCGUCGUCACCGCAUCCCACGACAAAAGCAUUCGCAUUUGGGCACAAACAGACGAGCCUCUCUUCCUCGAAGAAGAGCGCGAGAAGGACUUGGAGGAGCUACACGAAGCUGCGCUUCAAGCUACCCUGAAUGACGAAGACGAUGGUACUGAAGCUCGCGACCAGCUGACCCUUGCAUCGAAGCAGACCAUCCAAACGCUCACGGCCGGAGAAAAGAUCGCCGAGGCUCUUGAGCUAGGUGUUGCCGACCUAGCCAUCGUCGAACGCUACGAAGCGCAAAAGAAAGAUAAUCCAAACGUCAACGUUGCGCCACCGCAACGGGAUCCGCUGUUCAUGGCUCUUGGCGGCAUCUCUGCAGAGCGACAUGUUCUCAAUACCAUGGCGCGAAUCCCGGCGCCUAGCUUGCAGGAUGCGCUGCUCGUGCUGCCAUUCUCGAUGUUGCCGUCGCUUUUCACGUUCCUGGCGAUCUUUGUGCGAAGGAAAUGGAAUAUGCCGUUGACGUGUAGGGUUCUGUUUUUUAUGCUGAAGACGCAUCAGCGGCAGAUUGUCAGUUCAGGUGAAUUGAGGCUGAUAUUAGAAGGUAUGAGGGACGACUUGAGGGCGAGCUUAGAGAGCUUAAAAGAUGUGCUCGGGUUCAAUCUUGCUGCGCUUAGAUUCGUGGGAGGCAAGGUCAAGGAUAAUGAAAAUGUUCGACUAGAAGAUGUACUUGAGGAUAAUAGCGACAAGAAUGUCAGGAAGAGGGCGUUUGUAGAGGUUGCAUAGGGGGUUAUUUAGCAGAUUCGCAGUUUAGGUCUGUAUGAAUGAUUGUUGUUAGUCUUGCC